AAUCUAUGACGUCAGACUCUGGAAGACAUCGCCCUAGAAGUGUGACGUCGCUUUAGCCUGUGUAGGCUAAUAUUACAUUUCAUAGAUUCGAUCAGGCUUUGCACUCAUCCUGAAGUGUCCACUCGAGUCGCAGCCCUGCAUUUCAAACAAGAAGACGAGUGUUUCACCAUGAACUCCGACAUGGAUGUUUGUGCUUCAGGUGACAUGGAAAAUCAGGUGGAGUUGGAGGAGAAGACCAGACUUAUUAACCAAGUCCUUGAGCUGCAGAAUACUCUUGAGGACCUUUCAUCUCGAGUGGAUGCAGUAAAAGAAGAAAAUCUUAAGUUAAAAUCAGAGAAUCAGGUUCUUGGGCAGUAUAUUGAGAACCUCAUGUCAGCAUCUAGUGUCUUUCAGACCACUGACUCCAAGAGCAAACGGAAGUAAGAGAGAAUCCCUCUCUCCCAAACCCCCUUGAAUAGACCCAAAGCCCCAUGCAGACAAACCCUUGCCAUAUCAUCGAAGUUAAAGUUUCCACUGGGACUAAUUUGAUCCCUAUGCCACUAAAAUGGUAAAUGUUUACUUUGGUUUUAUUAUCAGUAUUCGUGUUUUUCAAUUUCAUCUUUUAUGACCAACAUAUUACAUACUAAAACUAUCUUAAGAAUACUAAGAGAUCAAGUUUAAUCUUUAUAGGUAUGUUUAUAUAUAUAUAUAUAUAUAUAUAUAUAUAUAUAUAUAUAUAUAUUUAUGUUCAGACAGGGAAUGACAUAUUUUGAACAAAUAAUAUUUAAUAACAUUUUUCCACACAUUUCAUUUCUUAUUUAUUGUUGCUUUGUAGAGCACAGCUGUGAUGCCAUGACAGAUUCUCUCUCUUGCUGAACUGUUUGUUUGUCUGUAUCAGCACUGAUUAUAGUUGAGAUUAAGUUGGGAUGAAACAAUUCAGGUCAUUCUGAUCAGGGAAUGAAAUUACUAAGACACUUUUCUUGGUGCUAUCAACUGAAGGGAGUUUUCUGGCAUGCAUUACAUCUAUGCCUCUGAAUAUCUUAACCCAUGAACUAGUAUUUGUGUUUUUAUGUGUAGAAUCUUACCAUUGCUUGGCAUUGGAAAUGCCUGUUUUAAUAAAGAAAAUAUGAUUUGC